GCAACAAACAUUGACGAUCCGGUUUGGGGUAAGAUUGGAGAAGCUUGUUUUAUUUACACCGGCAGGGCAUUAUCCAUUAUCUGUCUGUAAAAACUAGACGAAUUAUACCGAGAUGGAUGUUCCUCGAAUUGGAACCGUCUCGGUUUCACUGUCUCAGAUUUGUACUGUAGCUCGCUGGUCUCGUCUUCCAUCCCAUCCCAACCCCCCUCAUUCCUCAUCGUGGUACCUAGGUAGGUAGGUAGGGAUGCUUCUUCAUGCUAUGUAGGUAUACCACAUGUGCAGAUACUGAUACUCCUCCCCAUCGUGAGACGAGGUCGCAUUAUGACAUGGGUGACGACAGGUCUUGUGUUAUCUCGCACGAGCGACCUACCUAUCUUAGCCAAGCGAGCAACAAUACCUACAAUAGCGAAUGGGUUAAACACGAACGAAGCUCUUCAUCCAUGAUAAACUCUAGGUUACUCCACUCCACUGAUUGCCCUACUUGUAGUAGGCCGGCCAAUAUCAUGCAUUGGCUCACGCUUGCGUCCGGGCUUCUGCUCUCCGCGGCGACUACCACGACGGAGGCCAAGAGGAGCUUCCAGCAUGUCGGCAAGAAGGACAUGACGCCCAAGUCCGCCGUGCCGGACCUCGAGAACGACUUGGCGCAUUACUUGGCUACGCGACAGGUGCCCGCGCCCAAGUUCGCGAAUGAGAAUACCACGAAAUUCGCCGUCGACGGCACCAAGAUCCCUGACGUCGACUUCGACGUCGGCGAGUCCUACUCGGGGUAUCUCCCCAUCAGCGACGACCCCAACGACACCAAUGAGCUGUUCUUCUGGUUCUUCCCGACCUCCACGGUAAAUAACACCGAGAAGGAGAUUUUGCUGUGGCUGAACGGUGGUCCCGGCUGCUCCUCCUUCGAGGGCCUCCUCCAAGAAAACGGCCCCUUCAUCUGGCAAUACGGCACCCUAAAGCCCGUGCCGAACCCGUGGGCGUGGAACCGGCUGACGAACGUCGUCUGGGUCGAGCAGCCGAUCGGAACCGGGUUCAGCCGGGGCAAAGUAACCGCGACGAGCGAAGAGGACGUCGCGGCGCAGUUCCUCGGGUUCUGGAAGAACUUCAUCGACACGUUUUCGCUGCAGGGGUACAAGGUGUACAUCGCGGGCGAGUCGUACGCGGGGCUGUACUGCCCGUACAUCGCGUCGGCGAUGUUGGACGCCGACAACACCGACUACUACAACGUGUCGGGGAUGCUGAUCUACGACCCCGUGCUCGGCGACGACGUCGUCCAGGACUCCGUCACCACCGUCCCCUUCGUCGACUACCACCACAACCUCAUGCCCUUCAACGACUCCUUCAGCGCCUACAUCCACGGCCUCCACGACUCCUGCGGCUUCGCCGACUACAACGCCAAGUACCUGACCUACCCCCCUCCGGGCCCCCAGCCCGCCGGCUACGGCGAAAGCGUGUCGCGCGAGUGCCGCUCGCUCUGGGGCGCCGUGCUCGACCAAGCGCUCAGCAUCAACCCGUGCUUCGACGUGUACCAAGUGGCGACGACCUGCCCUCUGCUCUGGGACGUCCUCGGUUUCCCCGGCUCCAUCGGCUAUCUUCCGGCGGGCGGGGAGAUCUACUUCGACCGGGCGGACGUGAAGGCGGCGAUCCACGCGGACGCGAACACGACGUGGGAGGAGUGCGCGUCGGGCGACGUCUUCGUCGGCGGCGACUCCUCCGACCCCUCCAGCUGGCGCGUGCUCCCGCACGUCAUCGACGCCACGCAGAACGUCAUCAUCGGCCACGGCUCCCUCGACAUGAUCCUGCUCCCCAACGGCACCCUCCUCGCGAUCCAGAACACCACCUGGGGCGGCCAGCUCGGCUUCCAGUCCCCGCCCACCGAGCCCUUCUUCGUGCCGUACCACACCCUCAGCACCGCCGACGAGAUAUACGCGGAGACGGACCCCGUCAAGCUCGCCUCCGUCGCCGCCGCCGGCGUCUUGGGCACCGCGCACACCGAGCGCGGGCUGACCUACGUCGGCAUCGACCUCUCGGGCCACAUGGUGCCGCAGUACGCCCCCUCCGCCGCCUUCCGGCAGCUCGAGUUCCUGCUCGGCCGCGUCGACGGGCUGAGCUCCGUCCAGCCCUUCACCAUCGAGCCGGGCUACCCGCAGCCCAGCGCGGGGGACCUGGGGAACGGCACCGGGCCGGGCACGGUCGACGAGAGCGGUGCUGCGGCUGGGGCCAAGGCGGCGGUGACGGCUGGUGUGGAGAAGACGGGCGGUGCUGCUGCUGCGGCGGCGCUGCGGAUGGGUGGUGGUGGUGCGGCGGCGGCGGCGAUGGUGGUGGCGGGAGUUGCGGUGGUGGUGAGCUUGUGAUGAAUGAAUGAUGGGGCCUGGAUAGGUAGGUAGGUAGGUAGGUUUGUAGUAGUUGUGUGAUGAAUAAAAUUAAUUUGAUGAAUAAAAAGGAGAAUGAGAUUAGUUAUGUAAAUACUCCGUCUUUGAGUUUAAUGUAUGCCUGCCUACCUUAGUCUUUGGC